GUGUACCCUCUUUUUUUUAAUUACAUGAAUUCUCUCUCUCUUCGAAUUUUUCUCUUCUUCUUCGUCUCCUCGCUUUCUAGGGUUUGGUCUCUCCAGGCGACUCCUCGGCUCCGCUCCAUCGAUCGAUCCGAUCCGAUCCGAUCCAUGGCGUCCGCGGCGGCGACGACGACGAAGAAGAUGAUCACGCUGAAGAGCUCGGACGGGGAGGAAUUCGAGGUGGAGGAGGCGGUGGCCAUGGAGUCGCAGACGAUCCGCCACAUGAUCGAGGACGAUUGCGCUGAGAACGGGAUCCCCCUCCCCAACGUCACCAGCAAGAUCCUCUCCAAGGUCAUCGAGUACUGCAAGAAGCACGUCGACGCCGCCGCCAAGCCCUCCGACGAGGCCGGCGCCGCCGCAGCAGCCGCCGCCGCCGCCGCCGCUGGUGGCGGCGGAGGAAAGGCCAGCGCCGUCCCCGAGGACGACCUCAAGGCGUGGGACGCCGAGUUCGUCAAGGUCGACCAGACGACCCUCUUCGAUCUAAUCCUGGCAGCCAACUACCUUAACAUUAAGGGAUUGCUCGACCUGACAUGCCAGACCGUCGCGGACAUGAUAAAGGGGAAGACCCCGGAAGAGAUCCGCAAAACCUUCAACAUCAAGAAUGACUUCACCCCUGAGGAGGAGGAAGAGAUCCGCAGGGAGAACCAGUGGGCAUUCGAGUGAAAAUUAGAAAAAAAAAAAAAAAAAAAAAAAGGAAAAAGAAGAAAACUUUUUGCUUUUUAUCCUGUGAAGAUGACUCUUUCGGUUGAGCUGCUGGCGCCUUUCUUUUAUAACUUGUUCGAUAUACGAUAUGUGUUGUUCCGGUGUUGUAGUUAACAUGGGGAAAUAGGUCGCGAAUAUGAACAACAAAAUGGACUCCCUGGUAUGCUCUAUUAUUAGCUUUGUCGUGUCGGUGCAGAUUCUACGAGCAGCUGCUCGCGUUAUUUCUCAGACUCAGUAUUUGGUUUCAUAUGGAUGGAUGGUGUACUCUUUUUAAAUGCUAUGUUUGAACUUUUCUUUAACCAA